AUGCAGAUACUUAAAGCAAGGUACGCCAUAAGGGCGACAACCUCACACUUACAAGCAUGGAAUUCGGCGAGAAAUAGGAAUGCAACUACACAAUCAAAAACCGUAGACUACAAACCAAUCCGUAGCGUGCUGGUUGCAAAUAGAGGUGAAAUAGCCAUUCGUGUCUUCAGAGCAUGCACGGAGUUGGGGAUUCGAUCCGUCGCUAUAUACAGCGAACAGGAUCGACUUCAAAUGCACAGACAAAAAGCCGACGAAUCCUACCUCGUUGGCAAAGGCCUGCCUCCAGUUGAAGCAUACCUGAGCAUACCCGAAAUCAUCAGGGUGGCGAAAGAAAACGACGUAGAUGCUGUACAUCCAGGAUAUGGUCUACUCUCAGAGAGAUCAGAUUUCGCGGAGGCCGUCAUUAAAGCAGGGCUUCGUUUCAUUGGUCCAUCGCCUUUCGUUGUUCAACAGAUGGGUGAUAAAGUUGCCGCUAGGAAGGCAGCCAUUGAAGCCAAGGUCCCAAUCGUUCCUGGUACCGAUGGUCCCAUUACAACGAAGGAAGAAGCUCUCGAAUUUUGCAAACAACAUGGUCUCCCUGUUAUAUUUAAGGCAGCCUACGGUGGUGGCGGUCGUGGUAUGCGAGUGGUUCGUGAGAUGAGUGAAGUGGCGUCGUCUUUUGAACGUGCCUCAUCUGAAGCUUUAGGCGCCUUUGGCAACGGAUCUAUGUUCAUAGAAAGAUUCAUAGAAAGACCGAGACAUAUUGAAGUACAGCUUUUGGGUGACAAAGCCGGUAAUGUAGUGCACUUGUAUGAACGAGACUGCUCAGUACAACGGCGACAUCAAAAAGUUGUUGAAAUAGCGCCCGCGCCCGGCUUAGAUCCUGAGAUUCGUAACCGAAUGACUGAUUGUGCUGUUCAUCUCGCACGUCACGUGGGCUAUGAAAACGCUGGCACGGUGGAAUUCCUCUUAGACGAGAAAGGAAACUUCUACUUCAUAGAAGUCAACGCUAGAUUGCAAGUAGAGCACACAAUAACAGAGGAAGUUACCGGGAUAGAUCUUGUCCAAUCCCAGAUUAGAGUCGCUGAAGGGAUGACUCUACCGGAAAUGGGAUUGACGCAGGAUAACAUUAAGGCUCAAGGAUACGCCAUACAAUGUAGAGUCACUACCGAGGAUCCGGCUAAUAACUUCCAGCCUAGUACUGGCAGGAUUGAAGUGUUCAGAUCUGGUGAAGGUAUGGGCAUCCGUUUAGACUCCGCCUCAACUUACGCUGGCGCCAUUAUAUCACCAUACUACGACUCACUUCUUGUUAAGGUUAUCUCCCACGCCCAAGACUUGUCUUCAUCAGCCGCUAAGAUGAAUCGAGCAUUACGAGAGUUCCGUAUUCGAGGGGUCAAGACAAACAUACCUUUCCUAUUGAAUGUGCUUGAAAACCAAAAAUUCUUGAACGGCGAUCUAGACACUUACUUCAUAGACGAACACCCUCGACUCUUCAUGUUCAAGGCAUCACAGAACAGAGCUCAGAAGAUUUUAAACUACUUGGGAUAUGUCCUUGUUAACGGCCCGGCUACUCCACUCGCUACUAAAAUACCACCGUCUGAUGUCAAGCCAUAUAUACCACCGGUACCAUUAGACGGCUCAGGGCGUGACCUUUCCCCCGAGGCUAUUAAAAAACAAGAAUUGACCGGCGAGAACGUAGCGGUUCAACCCCCAAAAGGCUUUAAGGCGAUUCUGAACGAAGGUGGUCCAGAAGCCUUCGCGAAAGCAGUAAGAGAACACAAGGGUCUACUAUUAAUGGACACCACAUACAGAGACGCUCACCAAUCACUAUUAGCCACAAGAGUUAGAUCCCACGAUUUACUCACAGUUUCACCAUAUGUGGCCCAUAACUUUAGCAAUUUAUACUCCCUUGAGAACUGGGGCGGCGCUACGUUUGAUGUGGCUUUGCGAUUCCUUCACGAAUGUCCUUGGGAACGUCUUGAAGACAUGCGUAAGCUGAUACCAAACAUUCCCUUCCAAAUGUUACUCCGCGGAGCCAACGCGGUCGGCUACACAAACUACCCUGAUAAUGUAGUCUUCAAGUUUUGUGAAAUGGCUGUGAAAUCCGGUAUGGACAUAUUCCGUGUUUUCGACUCGUUGAACUAUCUGCCGAAUCUUAUCCUUGGUAUGGACGCAGCGGGUAAGGCCGGCGGUGUGGUCGAAGCGGCCAUUUCAUACACCGGAGAUGUAUCUGAUCCGAAUAAAACUAAAUAUAACCUGAAGUACUACUGCGAUCUUGCUGAUGAACUUGUUAAAGCUGGGACACAUGUACUUGGCAUUAAAGAUAUGGCUGGACUUUUAAAACCACAGGCUGCUAAGCUUCUAAUAACCGCUAUCCGUGACAAGCACCCAUCAAUACCAAUCCACGUCCACACUCACGACACUUCCGGUGCGGGCGUCGCCGCCAUGUUGGCUUGCGCAGAGGCCGGGGCGGAUGUGGUUGACUGCGCUGUUGACUCAAUGUCCGGUCUUACCAGCCAACCCAGUAUGGGCGCGUUAGUUGCGUCGCUACAAGGAACCAAACUGGAUACAGGUAUACCUCUGCAGACUGUAUCUGAAUAUUCAGCUUAUUGGGAACAGGCUCGUACUUUAUAUGGGCCGUUCGAGUGUACCGCUACUAUGAAGUCAGGAAACGCUGAUGUUUACAUCAACGAGAUACCCGGCGGUCAAUACACGAACCUGCAGUUCCAAGCCUUCUCAUUAGGUCUGGGAAGUCAGUUCGAGGAAGUAAAGAAGGCCUAUAGGGAAGCGAAUCUUCUCCUAGGAGAUAUUAUCAAAGUAACUCCAUCAUCGAAGGUAGUGGGAGACCUGGCUCAGUUCAUGGUUCAGAACAAACUGACGGCUGACGAUAUCAGGGCGAAGGCUGAAGAAUUAUCCUUCCCUAAAUCAGUCGUUGAAUUCUUCCAAGGAGCUAUUGGUAUUCCUUAUGGAGGUUUCCCAGAACCCUUAAGAUCCAAAAUUCUCAAGGAUAUGCCGAGAAUUGAAGGUCGGCCGGGUCAGGAAUUACCGCCGCUAGACUUUGACAAACUUAAAGAAGAAUUGAAGGAGACUUACCCUGAUAUCACAGAUCAAGAUGUGAUGUCAUCAGCUAUGUAUCCUCAAGUGGCGUCAGACUUCUUCCGUAUCCGGGAUAAGUAUGGACCAGUUAAACAUCUUGACACAAAGACCUUCCUCGUUGGUCCAGCGGUCGGCGAAACCAUUGAAGUUAAAAUCGAGAGAGGCAAAACACUUGAUAUUAAAACUCUAGCUGUAUCUGAAGAAAUGACAGCGGCCGGUGAGAGGGAAGUGUUCUUUGAACUCAACGGACAACUGAGAUCUGUGUUUAUAAGAGAUGACAACGCUAGCAAGGAAAUGAAAAUACAUCCGAAGGCUGUGAAAGGAGAUAAGAAUCAAGUCGGCGCACCAAUGCCUGGGACAGUGCUAACUCUUAAAGUUAAAGAAGGAGACCACGUUGAGAAAGGCCAACCAAUAGCUGUUCUGUCGGCCAUGAAAAUGGAGAUGAUAGUACAAGCGCCACGCGCUGGCACUGUGGCCAAUGUGGCCAUCACUAAUGGACAGAAACUGGAGGGCGAUGACCUCAUCUGCACCCUAGAAUAA